AAAUCCAUCUUAAACAAGUGAAUGCCACUCCCACACUGACAUAAAUUUCCUCCUCUCUUCCAAUCGACACCGCGAAACCCGACCCGCAAAAAAUGCGACCCAAAUCGGAGAACCCGGCUCAGCAGAGCUCCAACUCCGGCAACACCGACUCCUCCUCCGCCGCAUCGAUAGAUCCGAUCUUCCAUCUACUUCGGAUCCUCCCAUUCAGCUUCCUCCGCCUGCCUCGCCUCCGCCUGAAGCUGCCGUCACUGACCCUCCCCUCCGCCAACCUCGUCUUCGCUUUCGUCCUCCUCACCUACUUCAUGGUCGUCUCCGGCAUCGUCUACGACAUCAUCGUCGAGCCUCCAGGCAUCGGCUCCACCCAGGACCCUUACACCGGCGCCGUGAAGCCCGUCGUCUUCAUGUCCGGCCGUGUCAACGGUCAGUACAUCAUCGAAGGCUUGUCCUCUGGAUUCAUGUUCGUUCUCGGCGGUGUUGGCAUCAUACUCCUCGAUCUCGCUCUGGAUCGCAACCGCGCUAGAUCCGUCAAGGUUUCAUAUGCCUCCGCCGGUAUCACCUCCGUUCUUCUUGCUUAUGUAAUGAGUAUGCUCUUCAUCCGUAUCAAGAUCCCUGCUUAUCUUAGAUGAAUUCGCUUUCGUUUCGCAUUCGAUUCGUAGUUUGAUUGUACCUGAGAUUUUCGAAUUUUCUAGACUCAUAAUUUGCUCUAUAGGGUUACUGGAUUGAAAUGCUGAUAGUAAAUGGAUCUGAAUUUGGUGAUGUUAUUUAUGUUCUAAGUGAUUUAGUUGGAUUGGUAA